UAGUUCGUGAAAGUGAAACAAAAGAAGCAUUCAAGAAUUGAAAAUCCAUCAGCCUCCCAGCCAACAAAGUCAAAAUCUAAAAACCGUUCUGCCAUUGGGGGAUGGCUAUUGCCCAUCGGCUCCGUCAUCUAUAUCAUCAUUAUGAUCAACAAUCUCUGUGCAUUCGUAACAGUGACCUGGUCAGAAUAACAUCAAAUAAAAAGCUCCCAAUUUCUAGUUUUUGUUCCUCAGGUUUUCAGUUUUUGGGUAACAGGAGAUGUUUCAGAAUUCUGGUGAUUUUUCCAUUCUUGGGCUGUCCAUAUCAAGAAUUUCCACUUUUGGAACUGUUUUGAUUAUGUGGCUGUUUUGGUCUUCUCUCCUCAUUGAAGCACAAGAUGCCAUUACUAAUCCUGUAGAAGUGAGUGCACUGCAAGACAUAAAGAGUAGUUUGAUUGAUAUCAACAAAAAUUUGAGCAAUUGGAAUCGUGGGGAUCCCUGCACAUCAAAUUGGACAGGAGUUUUGUGCUUCAAUACAACAAUGGACGAUGGUUAUCUGCAUGUUAGAAAAUUGCAACUACUUAAUUUGAAUCUGUCUGGAACUUUAUCACCAUCACUUGGCAACUUAUCCUAUAUGAAAAUAUUGGAUUUUAUGUGGAACAACAUCAGUGGGAGUAUACCAAAGGAGAUAGGAGAAAUUGAAUCUUUGGAACUCUUGCUUCUGAAUGGAAACCAAUUAACAGGUCCCUUGCCUGAAGAGCUUGGAUAUCUUCCAAACUUGGACAGAAUACAGAUUGACGAGAACCAUAUAUCAGGAUUAAUCCCUGUGUCAUUUGCAUACUUGAACAAGACAAUGCACUUUCACAUGAAUAACAAUUCAAUUAGCGGGCAAAUACCACCCGAACUAUCCAGAUUACCAAGUCUUGUUCACUUCCUUCUAGACAACAACAACUUAUCUGGAUAUCUUCCACCACAGCUUUCUGAAUUGCCAAACUUACAAAUACUGUAUGGUUUCCCUACUUACCCAGAGAUGAAGCAGGAUUUCAUGUUUCCUUAUGGCAGUUUCCCCAUAAUAGAUCCUAUCUUUGUAGAUUCUCUUCUAACUAUUUUAUUUUGCCUUGAUUUGUUUUUUGUCUUUUGCAGUCAACUUGAUAACAACAACUUUGAUGGGGCUACAAUUCCAGAUUCUUAUGGCAACAUGACUAAACUAUUGAAAUUGAGUCUCAGAAACUGCAGUUUGCAAGGUCCAAUCCCUGACCUGAGCAGGAUACCAAACCUUGGCUAUCUAGACCUCAGUACAAACCAGCUAAAUGGAUCCAUACCUUCUGAAAGGCUUUCUGAGAAUAUUACAACCAUUGAUUUAUCCAACAAUGAUCUUACUGGAAGUAUCCCUGCCAGCUUUUCAGGCCUGCCUUGUCUUCAGAAAUUGUCAGUUGCAAACAAUUCACUGAAUGGCUCCAUUUCAUCUACCCUUUGGCAAAGUCGGACUCUGAAUGCAUCUGAAAGACUUAAAUUGGAUUUUGAGAACAAUAGACUGACAAAUAUUUCUGGCAAUGGCAAUAUUAGUCUCCCUCAGAAUGUCUCACUCUGGCUUCAAGGGAACCCUGUAUGUUCAAAUUCCAACCUGGUCCAAUUUUGUGGAUCUCAAAAUGAGGAUGUUGAAAAGCAGGGUUUGACAAACUUUGCUGAUAACUGUCCCACUCAAGCAUGUCCUUAUGUAUAUUCCCCAACAUCUCCUGUAGAUUGUUUUUGUGCUGCCCCUCUGAUCGUUGGUUAUCGAUUGAAAAGUCCUGGAUUCUCCAAUUUUCUACCCUACAGAGAUGCAUUUAAAGAGCAUUUGACCUCUGGUCUCAAUUUGGAACUUUAUCAGCUAUACCUUGAGAACUUCCAAUGGGAGGAAGGACCUCGAUUGAAGAUGCAGCUGCAGUUAUUUCCUGUCUAUGAUGCUAGCAACAAGAGUUCUCAUGUGUUCAAUGCAAGUGAGGUUCUGCGUAUCAUGAGCAAGUUCACCGGAUGGGACAUUCAUCGUAAUGAAACAUUUGGGCCUUACGAACUUUUGUACUUCCCUCUGUGGGAACCUUAUAAUAAUGUGUUUGUUACCUCACCAUCAUCAUCGGGUACAAGCAAAGGUGCCUUGGCUGGCAUAGUAUUGGGCGCCAUUGCCGGUACAGUUGCAUUAUGUUCAAUUGUUUCGCUUCUUAUCAUAAGGAUGUAUUUGAGGAACUACCGUCUGAGAAACUACCGUGCAAAUUCAAGAAGACGUCAUGCAUCUAAAGCCUUACUAAAAAUUGAUGGCAUCAAGGAUUUCACUUAUGCUGAAAUGGCCUUGGCUACGAACAAUUUUAAUAGCUCCACUCAACUUGGUCAAGGAGGAUAUGGAAUAGUUUAUAAAGGCAUCCUGGCUGAUGGCACAGUUGUGGCCGUCAAACGUGCUCAGGAGCAUUCUUUACAGGGUGAGAAGGAGUUCUUAACAGAAAUAGAAUUGUUGUCAAGGCUACAUCACAGGAAUCUCGUUUCUUUGGUUGGAUAUUGUGAUGAAGAAUAUGAACAGAUGUUGGUUUAUGAGUUUAUGUCAAAUGGCACUCUUAGAGAUCAUCUUUCUGCCAAGUCUAAAGAACCCCUGAGUUUUGCAUUGAGAGUGAGAAUUGCCUUGGGUUCAGCAAAAGGCAUCCUCUACCUACAUAAGGAAGCUGAUCCUCCAAUUUUCCAUCGAGAUAUCAAGGCGAGCAACAUAUUGCUUGACUCUAAUUUUAAUGCAAAGGUUGCUGAUUUUGGACUUUCAAGACUCGCCCCAGCUCCAGAUAUAGAAGGGGCUGUGCCAGCUCAUGUGUCCACAGUUGUAAAGGGUACCCCAGGUUACCUUGAUCCAGAGUAUUUUCUAACACAUAAAUUGACAGAUAAGAGUGAUGUUUAUAGCCUUGGUGUCGUAUUUCUGGAGCUGUUGACGGGGAUGCAACCAAUCACACAUGGCAAAAACAUUGUCCGAGAGGUCAAUUUUUCUUACCAAUCUGGUAUGAUAUUCUCAUUCAUUGAUGGACUUAUGGGCUCUUAUCCUUCUAAUUGUAUGGAGAAGUUUUUGAAUUUAGCCAUGAAGUGUUGCCAUGAUGAGACAGACUCAAGACCAUCAAUGGCUGAUGUGGUCCGAGAACUUGAAACUAUAUGGGCGAUCAUAGCAGAUCCUGACAUGAAAACAACCGAUACAGUGAUCAAUGAUCCUGGAAAGAGUGAGAGUUCACCAUCUUCAUCGUCCAUGGUGAAGCAUCCUUACGUGUCAUCCGAUGUUUCUGGCAACGACCUUGUUAGUGGGGUUGCUCCUAGCAUCCCCCCAAGAUAAAUGACACCCAUGAAAGAUAUUGAUAACAGCAACUACCUACAGUUGCUAUAAUCUUUAAAAUUAUGUUUUGGUUUCAAGAUUUCUGCAUAUUCUUUAAUAUAUAUCUUGUUUUGUGAAAGUUAUAGGUAGACUUGUAGAGCAAUAGGUAAUGGUAUUUACUUAAAUUACAUGCUAAAAUUUGUUAGAUUCCUUAUUGAAAACUAUUUUAUAUUCUUUAUUUAAUGGAAUUGAUGAGAUUGUAUCUGUUCUUUGUAAGCAAAUAAUAGUCUUCAAGAUGUUUAAGCCU